GCGCGGGGGCGGUGACUUCACCUUUCCCCCCUCCCCUCCCCUCCGAACCGACCAAUCCGGAGGCGGGAUGCUCCGGAGCGGUUCCGAGCCAGCGGCGGACCAAUGGCGAGGCGGCGUCUUGGCGGCGCUCUGCCCGCCUCUCGAUGGUCGCGGGAGGCCGCGGGGGCCUAAGAUGGCGGCGGCGGCGGCGGCGCCGGGGGCGGAGGGGCCGGGGCCGGGCCCGGGCCGAGCUCCCGAGGAGGAGCUGCCCCCGCUGGAGCCGGCCGAGGCCCGGAGCCGCCUGGAGCGCAGCGCCCGCCAGUUCCGCAACCGCCGCAAGGUGCUGAUCCGCGGGCUGCCGCCGGACGUCAGCAACCAGGAAGUCCACGAGCUGCUGAGCGACUACGAGCUGAAGUACUGCUUCGUGGACAAGUACAAGGGCACCGGUGAGCGCGCUGCCCCGGGGCCGCCGUCUCCUCGCGCUCCGAGCCCGUCCCGCUCUGACGGCGCCCCGCCUCUGGUCUCUUCCUUCAGCGGCCCCCGUCGGACCCCGUUUAGGAGGCGCCGAAUCUCGGCGGGCGGAAAAAAAAAUAAUAAUAAAAAAAAAAAAAUUAGCGAGCCGUGGGGCUUAGAGCCCCGGGAGACGUCGUAGGUGCGGCAUGGGGGUUGCGUUGCCUUCCGGCGGGGCGGGGACGCUUCUCCUGCUCGCCGCCGACCCCGAGGGCAAAGCCCAAAGUCCCCGGCGGGCAGGAAAAGCUGCUGGAGCUGCAUGGGCCGCCCGGGUGUUUCCCCGAGGCGGUAGCGGGGCCGUUGUGCACGGAACUCGGCCGGGUUUAACCCGCGAUGCUGACGGAGGGCGUCCCGGUUGCUUUGGCGGGGCUUAGCCGCGGGCUGCCGCCACCUCGAGCGCGCGAGCACGGUGGUUUCCUGCGGGUUCGGGGAAACUAACGGUGUUUAGGGCGGCCGGAUCGGCC